UGACUCACCGGGGUAGGAGCGUCCGUCCCGUAAAAGCUGGGACGACGAGUGAACGAGGCAUAGUCGAGAUCCGGCCGCAGUCCACGACACACACGGACCGCUCGCUCUCUCUCUCUCUCUAUCUCUUCGCCCCGCCCCGUUCUACCCCGUCCGAUCUAUAUUUAGAGAGACAAAGGAAAGAGAUAAAGCGAGAAUAUAAACGACAAAAAAAAAACAAGUGAGAGGCGGGAAGCGUGACCAAGAUGGCGUGUACCUUGAAGGCUGUUGUCACCUGCGGCAUUUUGCUGGCUAUAAUAGACAUUUUUCAUGGACUGGUGACACUAGGAUUCUACGGUUACCAGUUUAUCAUUGAGUCAUUUUACCUGUGUCCACUUGAUCUACCUGUGGAAAAAUGUCACAACAAAAUUUACAUCUACGAGCAGAUGUUCGAGACCCGUGUGCAUAUCGGCAUGGGUGAAGGCAUAGCGUGUGUGUUCUUCGCCAUCCUCUACAUCAUCGCGUUAGUUAAGCACAAACCAUCUCUCACCUGGAUUUGGCUCAUGAAAUCCUUUGCUGUGAUCGCCAUCAACGUGUACUACCUGGCCGCUUGGCUCAUCCGUCAAGGGCGCUACGAUCACAUUGAAUGGGAGAAACAGGACUACGAGGAUGAAUUUGUCUUUACGGCUGAGGGACUGACACUAGCCCAGAUUGUUAUUAUGAUUCUAUUCUGCCUGAUCGGCGCCAUCUUUACUUACAAGGUAUGCGAGGAGAGGACAGCCAGUCGACGUAACCUCCGCCAUCGCAGCAAAUGGGCCCACGACGCUACAGCACCUCCCCUUGACCACUACGACGAGGAGGAAGCCCAGUACCUCAACGAUGCUUUGACCAACAGCGAUAAGACCCUCCCUGCUCGUGUCUCCAAGCAAAGCCUCUCAGAAAUCAGUCGAGCAGACACCUUCAAGCAUUCCACUGGCGUCUAGACUCACCAGAUAAACAAUAACUUUUGGUUUAUAAACGUGAAAGAACAUUUUUUGAACAGGACUCGAGAUGUUGUUUGAGUUAAGUGGAGAUUUUUGGAGGGAAAAACACGCGACGGUGAUUUCUAGUCUUUUAUUUUGAGAUGAAUAAUUGAUUUAGGAGGUAAGAGAACCUGUCUAGAGUUUUUCUUUCUUCGUUCAAUUCAUUUGUUUUCCUUCUCAAAAACUCAGAGCCUUGUUUAUAACUCAAUAUACACUGAUUUUAUUUGUACAAUUUGUAAGCCGAGCACCACCAUAUCCACGGGUUAACUAAAACACAUUCAGAGUCCACAUCAAAAUAUGUCUUCCAACACAUCAAUGUUCAUUUCAGAAGAACAUACAGUAUGUAAGCUCAAACUUUAUUCUAACGACGGCCAACGAGGGAAGUGUUUUAGGCUCCCCUGAAAUAGUUUCCGUUUUCUGUUAUAAAAAUCUCAGACCAGUAGAAUAUAUUAUUUGAAGGCCAACUUGUAAGAAAGUGAGAUUUCAUACAAGUUGAGAUUAUUUAAGUCUGUGAUUUCGUCUGCCUUGUUAGUAGACACAUGUUAGCACGCUUGAUAUUUGUAAUAUUCCUUUAGUAUGUUUUAAUAUAUACUAGAGCUGUAAUGUAACAGUUGUAGUGUGCACAAAGCUAAGAGAGGGACUACGGGGCCUAUGGCAUUUUUGGUAUUUAUCCACAUUAGAGAAAAAGGAUCAUCUACCAGGGAUAACUUUUCUAGUUUUAUAUACAGUUUCUUUUAUAUAUUCAGAAGAAUUUCAUAAUUUUAUACGUAUAUUAGAAUGUUCUCCCCAAUGCCUCAAAUUUAGAGAGAAACACCAAAAAAUAAUAAUUAUUAGGCCCAGAAACGGUCAGAUUAGUCUCCAGGGUUUGUGGUUUUAGCGUCUGUGUGAGACGUACGGUGAAGCAAAACUUUCUCACAUUCAUUCACACUCAGUAACUCUCACACAAUUUCGUUCGUGUUGACAUAUGCACCCACACACACACACCGUCAUACAUACACACACACACACACACACACCCAGAGGCACAGCAUAUCCUCUCAUACACAAGACAGGUUGGGUACAAACUUUAUAUAAAAACAUAAGACACAGGUAGAGUGAGCUGUGUAGUCAGUGUCCAACAAGCAACGGAGGACCACACACCUACCCGCGCCACCACCUCGCCCUUGGUACAGAAAUCAAAAUAAAGACAAUUUUUUUUUACUUCUCAUAAUUAGUUUUUAGGCUUAAAUGCGUAAAUACCGAUUUGUAUAUGUAAAUUGGCCCAUAUUUAUAAACUGUAAAAUCUCCGGUUAUUUUAUAUCUGUUAGUAUUUGUGUAGUGAUGAGUACAGUGGUAUGAUUACCUGUAGUUUUGUCCAAUCAUUCAUAUAACGAGUAAUUUUGUCCAAUCAUACCUAUAACGAGUAAUUUUGUCCAAUCAUACCUAUAAUCCUGUUAUUUCAGUAUUUUUAUAUAAUUAGCAAUAGUGUUAAGGACAUGUAAAACUCUUCAACAUGUAAACAACGACGAUCGAAGACCCAAAUGUUGUACAGUACAUGAUAGAAGUGUAAUAUUUUCCUCCACAGUGGAGAAGGGAUACCAUUUUGUCUUCACUCACCACAUACCAUCACUAUCACCCGCCCGGGCUUCACCAUCAUCAUCAUCACCAGUCACCAUCCUCCUCUGCACCAUCUCCUGUAUAUAGUAGGAAUCAUUUUCUCUCUUUUGUAAAGCUUCAAUAAAAAACUUUGAGUUA